AUGCUUGUAUUUUUAUUCCCAUACCUCUCAACCCUGGCUGCCAACUCUGAUGAGAUUCGACUUUUAGAUUAUUUUAAUUCUGGUAACAUUCUUGUCCGUUGGGAUGUGAUGAUUCUGUCGAAUUCAGAGAAUUUAUUUGGUUCGGAAUUUCAACAAAGAAAUAAAUUAUUGGAAGAAACAUGCAAGAAAUAUUAUUUCGAGGAUGUAAAAUAUGUACGACCCUUGUUUAUGUAUCACCCAUUGAAUUUGAGUUACUGCAAAGUUCCUAAAGUAGCUUCCUCAUAUUGGAUGCGAUUUUUCAGUGCUCUAGGAGACACGACAAGCAGAAUAAAUGCUUUUGAUCAAAUUCGUUUUAAAGUACAUCGCAUGCACCUGGUGAAUGUUUCACAAACUUCGAAAUUUAAUAACAUAAAAAAUAAGCUUAUUGUCACUCGAAACCCUUUCACUCGCCUCUUUUCUGCAUAUGUUGAUAAAAUAUUUCUGUCUGAGAACUGGCAAAGAUAUGGACGACUUAUAAUAAAAGAUUAUAGAGACAGAGCGAGCUCAUAUUCUCUAAAAUGUGGUAACGAUGUCCAAUUCCAUGAAUUUCUCCAAUUUGUAACCGCCAAACGCAAUGAUAAUUCCAACCGACACUGGAAUCCGAUCACUGUGUUAUGCAAUCCUUGUGAUAUAAAGUAUAAUUUUAUUAUAAAGCUAGAAUCUUUUGCAAAAGAUAGAGACAAUUUCAUUCAACAAAUCGGUAUAAAAAGAGAUAAUAUUUUAAAAUACAAUAAUCUAUCCCACAAAGACUAUACCAUUCAUGCCAUCCGAGAUCUAGCUGCGACUUCAAUUCUGCAUUUUAGAAACAAGUCGCCCAAAGUUUGCUACAAGGAUAUAAUUUUAUUUUCGAGGUUAUUUUCGGCUUUCCAAAUUCAAGGCUAUAUUCAUAGAGAAGCUGUCUUCAAUAUUGAAGAUUUUUCAGAUGCGAGAAUUUCAGAUCCUGAAUCUGUUAUAUCUGUAUAUAUCAAGAUAUAUAACAAUAAUCCGUUAACAAGUCGAAAAGAAUGGAAAGAUCAACGGAAAAUGUAUUUCGUAAAAGCUUAUCAAAACAUAACGUUUGAGAUUCUCAAAAAAAUUCAAAACAUGUACUAUUUAGAUUUCAAACUUUUUGAUUACAAUCUAGAACCAGAGAGAAUUGAUAAUCUAUAA